UUCUUUCUUUUGCUCCCUUCUCUUUCUGCCAAUCUUCUUCUGUCUUAAAAAAAAAAAAUUAAGCAAAAUUUGUUGGGAUUUCUUUCUUUUGCUCUCUUCUCUUUCUGCCAAUCUUCUUCUGUCUUACUGCUCAAGGCUGAACCUUUCAACUUUCUGGGAAAACUCCCUUUAUUUCUCUUAUUCUUUUUAUAUGUAUAUAUAUAUAGUUUAAAAUAUAUAUAAAGAAAACUGUUUGAAGCAUCCUAAGCAAGAACUUUGCAUUCUGCUGCUAUUACAUUCAUGUGCGAGAAGUGUUUGCUCUCAGAGUCCAAGGUUUACUUUCAUACAGAGAUGUUCAAAAUCACAUUUUCUUCAACCUUAUCAUUUCUUAAUACAUUCUGAUUCAAAGAAUUUAAUUUUGAUCCCCAACUCAAAGAAGAGCAAUUCCCAAGCAUCUACUGAUCAUCUAUCUCUGCCAAGAGUGCCUGCUUAGAUUAUUUUGGCAUUCAGUUAAAUUGGGAAUUAGGAGUCAAUAACAUUUGGAGUUCCAAACUUUCUUCAUGUUCAAUUUGCAUGUCAUUCACCAUUAAAAUGUAAAGUUGGCAAUCCAGUUAUUCUCUAAAAAUGGAAAUCAAGGAAGCAGAAAGAGUAGUUAUAGCCAAACCAGUAGCUUCCAGGCCUACUUGCUCCAAUUUUAGGUCUUUCUCAGAGCUCCUUGCAGGUACCCUUAAUGUUUCACCCCCUAAGGCAUGUUCAGAAAGCAUAGUUGCCGCUAUUAGACCAAGGACAGUGAGGUUCAAGCCAAUGGUGAAUCGUGCUCCAGCUUCAUUGGUUUCUUCCAAGGCUGAUCUCUCUGGAAAAGCACCAUGCAAUUCAUAUGAUACAAUUUCAGAAUCAGAUAGUAAGCCUACUGUCAUAUAUAAACCGCAGGCCAAGCUUGUAUCGAAGGCAACUGUUUCUCUAUUGGCAAAUAUGGGAAAUUUUAACGCUGGCCAUCAACAACAAACUCUACCAUUGGUUGUGGCUCAAAUUCAACAUCCAAGCGAAGAUAAACACAACUUUACAUCUCAGAUUAUCUCAAAUGUUCACCAGAACAUUCCAUCUCAAGCGCAAACAGAUCAGACAACUGAACCCUCAAGGCUUGCUUCUGAGAACCAGGAGGAGGAUCAGAAAACCUUAUCUGCUGCAUAUAAUAGAGAUCGACCUUCAUAUGAUGGUUAUAAUUGGAGAAAAUAUGGGCAAAAGCAAGUGAAGGGAAGUGAGUAUCCACGAAGUUACUACAAGUGCACACAUCCAAAUUGUCCAGUCAAAAAGAAGGUUGAAAGAUCAUUGGAUGGGCAGAUUGCAGAAAUUGUCUACAAGGGUGAACACAACCAUUCAAAGCCUCAGCCUCCUAAACGAAACUCAUCAGGGACACAAGGGCUAGGAAUUGUAUCCGAUGUCAAUGAUCAGGACAUAAGUACCCCAUUAUGGAAUAAUCAUCUCAAUGAAAGAAAUGAAGGUUCUGAAGGUAGAGUUGAAGAUCAGAAUGAAACAGGAUUGCCUGUUCAUUCGACUUAUCAGGGAAAAGCUCCACCAUCCCAUGAUCUUGCUGGAACUGGAUCCAUUAACGCAGGCGUUGUAACUCCUGAAAACUCUUGUGGGCUUAGUGGGGAAUGUGAUGAAGGAAGCAAAAUGGAGGGAGAUGACGACGAGCCUAAAAUUAAAAGGAGGAAAAAUGAUAAUCAAUCAAAUGAAGCAGGCAUAUCAGGGGAAGGUGCACAAGCACAAGAGCCUUGCCCGGUGGUACAAAGUUCCACUGAAACUGAGAUCGUGGGUGAUGGUUUCCGCUGGAGAAAAUAUGGCCAGAAAGUUGUGAAGGGAAAUCCAUAUCCCAGAAGUUACUACCGUUGCACUGGUCUAAAAUGCAAUGUCCGUAAGUAUGUGGAGAGAGUAUCAGAUGAUCCUGGAGCUUUUAUUACAACAUAUGAGGGGAAGCAUAACCAUGAGAUGCCAGCGAGGGGCACAAAUUCAUCAUCAGAACCCAAUUUACAGGCUCCUAGCAGUAGAAGCAGGGCAUGAUCUCAUGAUGUUUGUUCUGAACAGAAAAGAGAGGCUUCGGAAACUAUAUCAUGAUGUUGCCGGACAUUUCUACAUCUUUGUCCUGUGAAAUCCAGUGGGAAGCUGGCAGGCAGGCACUUAUUGUUGAAGACCGUUUUGUGCUUGGUAAUUCAGAUUAUUUUCCUUCCGUCACCUAAUCUCUUAUUGCUUCCUCAGCUGUCUUUGGCUUUAUUAUUUAGGAGAACAGUUUUCUUUUAUGUCAAAUUAAUUUUUAAUUAAGCAUAACAAUGAAAUAAUGACUUACCUUGGAAUAAUUAGGAUAAUCAAUGUGUAAUAUGGAGGGGGUUCCAUUUCCUAUCAACUUUGAAUAAAUUUAGUAUUAUAAAGCUGUAAA